UUUAGUUUGGCCUCUGUAUGGCACAUAUUGUUUUGAAUGUAUAAGACUUUAAAUUAAUUGGUAAUGCAUAAAAAUCACAUCUGUUUUAUGGAUGAUAAUGACAAUACUGCAUGGUGUUAUAUUGGGGAUUGAUCACUAUGAUAUCAGUAUAUUUGUCAUUUAAUAAUUAUGUGCAUAUAUUAAUUUAGCCUCCUUACCUUUCCUUCCUUUUAAGAUUCUUAAUGCACUUUUUUAUGGCAGCAAUGAAAGCAGAGAUCACGUCAACGACAAAACACAAAAACUUUAACUACAUAAAAUCAUCAAGACAAUUUUUUUUAAUGUGUUGUGUUCUCUUAUUGUGUUGCGGUAUCGUGCCUCUGACACCGAUAUCUAAGGUAGCUGAUUAGUGUCGACGCACUACAAAUUCAGAAAAGUUACCGACGUGUAGGUUUUAGAUUUAAAAGAUCUUCACCCUAUGUUUUGAGAGCAGUGUCAUAAACGGACAUUUGAGUAAAUCGCUUUUGUCGUGGCCGCUUUAUUUAACCCAUGCAACAGAUAUAGCCAUACAUUGAUUUUUGUUUUUAUUUUCAGAUGUUUGGAAUACAUAAAAUAUCUAUACUGAAUAGUAUAGAUAUAGUAUAGUAAUAGUAUUUUUUGCAAAGUUACUGGCCUACGCAAUGAAUAUUGAUGAGAUCGGUGUCACCACCCCAAUAAGAGUUUGCAUACCCCAAUAAGAGUUUGCAUACCGUCAAUGCUCCAUCAGUCUGGAAUGUCAUUGUCACUGCGUCUGAUGUAAAUGUAUUAAUAUUAUCAUUAUAGGAAGCAUACCCAUAAAUUGAGAAAUUAGUGAGAAUAAAAAUGCUGCUGUGGUCUCGAUUUUUUUCCAGAGCUAUGUAUUGUUUUGUAUUAUUAAGAAUAUGAAUUUAUUGUUUUGUAUUAUUCAAAUAAUAUAAUGUGAUUGCACUUUUUUCCAUCACCAUUUAAUACAUUGCAUGUUAUAACGACAUAUAUACUAAAGCACGCUUCACUUAAAUUGGUUUCACUUUCGACUCCUAUAACCAAUAGGAACGAUUGUAACAUUUAAACUUCGCGCGGAAACGAAACAGUGGUCCAUGCAUUUUGUAAUCCGUGAUUAAUCAUUUAAAAUAACGAAUAAUGGAUUUUAUGAAUGCUUCAUCCAUUUUCGGGUUUUUACUCCUCAUGAUUUCUCUUCGCGGUUCCGCAGAAUUAGUGAGAACAGAGCACCUUGUGAAGGCUUAUUUUGGUGCAGAUGUUAACUUGAAAUGUGAGCUUACAAAAUACAAGAAUGUGAAACAAGUUACCUGGCAGAGAGUGUCGGAGCCGACGAGCGAAAACAUGGCAACGUACAGUGAACGUUUUGGUUCGAAAAUCACCGAGUCCUUCAGAAAAAAUGUCAGUUUCGUGGAAACGGGGCUGCAACAGUGUUCUAUUGUCAUUAAGGGAGUCCAGUGGAGUGAUGAAUUGUGCUACGAUUGUCUGUUUAAUGUCUUUCCUGAUGGAGCUAUCAGUGGGAGGACCUGCCUCAAAAUCUACGAAAUUCACAAUCCUGUAUUUAAAAUAAAACCCGUCAGUGGUGAGGGGAUAUUAUACCUUUCCUGCUCUGUCACUGGAAAACCUGCACCAGAGUUAUUCUGGAAUAUUGACGAUACUACGCUACAAAAUUCUACAACAUUCUACACGAAAAAUCCUAAUGGAACUAUAACCGUUACUAAAACUGCUACAGUUCAAAUAACCCCCACACUUCUUGCAAAUACAACGGAAAUCAAAUGUGCAGCAAAGCAAGAAUUUGGAAAACAGAAGGAAUCUUUCGCUACAAUCCCAAAUGACAUGCCAUCAGACACAAAACAAACAGACUUGUACGCUGUCCUUGUCAUUGGAGGCCUUUGUCUUUGCGGAGGCCUUUGUAUUUGUGGAGGCCUUUGUAUUCGUGGAGGCCUUUAUGCUUUUUUGAAACUCUCUCUAAGGAAGGAAAACAAGCACAGCAGCACACCGAACUGUUCUCCAGUGAAAUCUGCAAUACUGAUGUGUUCUUCCCUGAAGAAAAGACAAAUACACACAACAGAUACUCAUAAAGUGUCAAUCAGCACACCGAACUGUUCUCCAGUGAAAUCUGGAUUACUGAUGUGUUCUUCCCUGAAGAAAAGACAAAUACACACAACAGAUACUCAUAAAGUGUCAAUCAGCACACCGAACUGUUCUCCAGUGAAAUCUGGAUUACUGAUGUGUUCUUCCCUGAAGAAAAGACAAAUACACACAACAGAUACUCAUAAAGUGUCAAUCAGCACACCGAACUGUUCUCCAGUGAAAUCUGUAUUACUGAUGUGUUCUUCCCUGAAGAAAAGACAAAUACAUUCUUGUGAACAUCCAAAGGUGAAAAAGAGCCUGGACUUCAGUGAACAGAAGCAUUUAUUAUGAUGGAGGUCGUGAAGUGUUGGCUGGACUUGGUUGGCGUUUGUGAUUGUAACGUGGCUUCCGAAAAUCUAUGCAAAUGUGAAGUUACAUAUCUGUGAUCUUGAACACAAAACUUUCUUGUAAGCAAAAUCCUUGCUGCACGGGUGGACGUAAUUAAAUAUGCAACUCUGUUUUAAACAAUCACGGAAUUAUGUCUUAAAAAUCACUGCAUAAUUAUCAGGGGUCCAUGCAGUAUCAGCUGACUUAACAGUCACAGCAUAUGUGAUAAAUGUUUUAUGUGUCAUUGUUCUCUGAUAAUUUAACCCUUGUGUACAUGGGAAUGUCAGCAAACACUUUACUAAGUCUAACAAAACGGCCCACUUACUGUAAAUACGUAUGUGAUCAUACAAUCGCUUUACCAUGUUUGGGUGGCUAUAGCCCGUCACUUGUUUGGCAAAUAAAUGUUCAUAAAACAAUAAUUUCAAGAUAUAGCCUUAAAGUUAUAGUAAAUUGUUGAGGAUGAUGAGUGUGUAGUGUAAUCUGGGAAUAGCAUCCACACCGAAUCUUAUGAUGUCAUGCCCGUCUCGUCCGAUCCUCGUGUGUGCCACGCCCCCCUGAUUAUCCAUGUGAGCCUCCCUAAUCGUGCCCAGCUGAAUCCUGUUGUUUUGCCCUGUCUGUGUUGUAUAUCAGUCCACGUCUUGCCCUGCUUGUUGUCCGUCAUUCAUGUUACCUGAUGUUAGUAUUGUUGCGAUGUUCUGUCCUGCCCGUAGCCGUCUUCCCCUUAAUAAAUCCCCCGUUUUCCCCGACUUUCGGCUACCUGCUUCAUUCUUCCCUGCCAGCCUGCCCGUCUGCGCCCGCGAUACCUGACGUAUGACAUGACAUGAUUUGUAACUGAAUCUAUUUCCACACACUUGUACUAUAUAUGCACUACAGUAUAUAUGUCUUUCUUGUGAGUGGUCAGAGACAAUAGGUAAAAAGUGACAACGAUGUAAAAAGUUAAGUUUCUUUAGAAACUGUUCUUGAUGUACAGUAAUGAGGCAUUCCGUUCCUCAUUUGCACAGUUCAGUUGUGGUUACUAUUGCAUUCAUCAGGAAAAAAAAUCAGUUUUUCCAGUAUAAUGAACCGAUCACUGUUUUUACGAGUAAUGUUUUUCUGAAUUAAUGAGAACCUUUCUGUUUUUCAUGAUGCACGAUCUCCGAAAACUUUUGUAAUAUCUCUGUAUACUUUGUAUCAUAAUUACAGUGGCUUUGUAAUUCCAUGCCAAUUGCCUCAAUAAGUAUGAAUAAAAUAAAUGCUUUGUGA